AAGAUAAUACAAAGCGCGAUGCUAGAGUCAAGGAAUUAGAGCAAAAGAAUAUAGAGCUUGAUACUAGACUUUUUAUAUUAGAACAGGGGGAAAAAGAAAAAAACGUUACUGAUGAUAAUUCAGCCGAGACUCUAGAUUUUAUAGAAAUGGCAUAUAAGGAACAGGUUAGUAACGAAAUAAUGGAGAGAAUUAGGGAAAAGAAGCUUCGCGAUCAGAAAGUGUCUUCUGGAAAACAAAAUACUUCUUCAGGAGAAUUAGAAGAGUUAAUGCCACCUCCAAUCAUGAACUCAGUCAAAGCUAGUAAAUACGUGCCAAGUAAAGUUGUGCAAGGUUUGUUACAAGGAUUUUUGGAAAACUCAAUAGGAAAAAAUAUUGAAAUUAUUAAUAGUGAGCCUUCAAAUUCUGCACCUGCUGAGAUUGCCCAUUUGUUAUAUCAGGCUACUUAUAUCUGGAAAUAA